GUUGUCAUUGCUGUGGAUCUUUACCCGAUACACCGAUUUGAUGAUGUUGAAUGUCUCAUCAAAGAAGAGGGGAAAAUGAGCUUUCUCCACAUGGUGGCUGGUUCAUUCGAGAGGAACUCCAAGCCCCAUACUCCUCCACAUCAAAAGCAGUCAGCAGAGGAUUCAGGCAUCUGAAUAGGAUGUCGCCCGGAUGCUUCCUAAGUAAGGUGUUCUGGGCAUGUUAAACCAGGAGGAGCCCCGAGGAAAGACCCAGGACACACUGGAGAAAUUAUUCCUUUUGAUUGGCCUGGGAAUGCCUCAGUGUUGUCCCAGAUGAGUUGGGUCUUCUCUGCUUAGGCUUCUCUCCCCACUGUCCAGCCUCAGAUAAGUAACAGAAAAUGGCUCAAUGGAUCCAUGGAUAACAUGAUUUACUCAUGUCUUAAAAUGAAGCUUCAAUGCAACUGUAUUAGAUCUUAUGGGAAAAAAAGUAUCAUAACUUAUAUUUUUUUAUAAAUUGAGUCUGCACAAAAACAUAACACAGUGAUCAUUGGCACGUCGUGUGAUGUGGAAAGAGAUGAUAACGGUGUGGGCCGUCCAGCUUUGAGGUUGUAAUUGCCGGAAGAGAAUUUUGCUGCUGAGGAUGACGUUUGGCUCCAAAUUUGAAACUCACCACAAGAGAGUGACUAAUAAUCAUUUAACUGCUUUGACUGCUUCCCAAGGUUCAAGUGGACUAUGUUCAUACAGCUGAUUUUUUUUUUUCCACAUUCCAGGCUUUGAUGACCAAUCAGACGCCAGUAAAGAUGGGCUGGUGCAUAGAGGAGGGUCACUUUCUUUAGGUUAUAUUAAUCCAUCGUUCCCCUGCUCCACUCAGAAGGACAGAGACUCAGGAUGGCCCGGCCUCUGCAGCUCAUUAUCGUGGUCUCCUCCUUAAUAGCUGCCUCUCUGUGUGAUGUCUGUGUGGAAGCUGUUUUAGGAAGACAGUUCACAUUUCCAGAAAACUGCAGCAAUGAUGGAGGAAAACUGUUUCGGUGUGAGCCGCAUGGGGAGGUGGAGGUGGCUGUUCACCAGCAAGUCAACGAGGGAGAAAAGGCCACCUUCCCGUGCUUUUAUCAACCUACCUGCAGCAAGUCUGAGACUGCACAGUGUGUGAAAAACGGGCAGAAUUUCACCAGAGACAAAGGAAACAAGUGUGCUGAUGGCCGACUCUCUCUGUCACCUAAACGAGACUGUUGCCCAAACGUAACACGAGCUGAGAAGCAAGACGGAGGAGAUUAUUUUUGUUACAUCCAGUGUGGAGGGAAACGGUUCGCAGCUGUUGUGAGGCUAAAGGUCAACGGGGCAUCCACUUCACCGCCUGCGUCUAAACCACAACAAGCCUGAGCUGCUGUCAGCUUUACAGAGGAGGCGCUCGACCUUGUGGACUGGAUGAUGAAAUCAGCGGUGCUGUGCAACAUCCACACCCGAUGCAUUGGCACGGACCUUCCUCCUCCUCUUCAGCUCAUCAGUGGCUGCCACCCGUUACACAUAUUUCUCAUUUUCAGCGUCUAAAAGCAUCCAGGUGUGAAGUUAGAAGUACCAGCUUUACUCUGAAUGUGCUUUGGGAUGUUUAGUGUGAAGCUUAGAAACAUUAAAGUUUUUCAGACUUAUUAUCAUAAGAAAUGUGUUCUAACAGGACGGUCAUAUCUCUUUAUAUUCUGUAAUUUGUUCUUCUUUGAUUUUUAGUUUAUCAUUAGUUUGCAUGACUUUUACAUUUUAUCCAUCUGCCUUUGUAUUUCUACUCAUUCUGUCUCUAAAUAAACUCUUUGGUUGCAACAGUGUCUUUGGUGCCUUCAGUCUAC